GGUUUACAGGUAAAAUAUAUGUUAAUUUCUUCAAAUAUCUGAAGGAUUUUAAACCUAAAUAUAAGUUGUAUAUUUUUGAAAUCAGCUAAUGUCACAGCCACUUUCUGGAAAUGUUCUGUUGUGACGUAAACCGCUUCAGAAUCUUCUCUGAGGUCUUCUGGUGGGAAGCCCAAACAGUCAGAACACUUGGUACUACUGUUUGCACGCAUUUUGCUGGCCUAGAGAACCGCCGAUAUGGUUCAUCGUCGAUAUAAGGAAAACCAAAUCAUUAAUGAAAAAGUUGAUGGAGAUCAGCACUCACAGAAAUAUGGAUUGGAUGAGAGAGUUGCUGGUUCUGAAGCUCCAGCUGCCGGGACCUCUAUAGAAAACAACUGGAGCACUUUCUGGCUGCACCACCUGUUUGGAUACAGGCUGAAUAAAGACAAAGGGUCUUCAAAGAGUGAAAACAAGCCCACUGAGCAGCAGCAGAGAGUGGCCUCUUUAGAUGGUGCAGCUACCACCACAGCACAUCCACCUGAGAAGAAAAAGCCACAGAAUAGGACAAAGAGUUUUUGGAGACUAUUCAAUUGCUUCAGAAGGAAAACACAAGUGUCUCCACUUUCUGAUGAUGAUACUCAGGAUCAUCAGAGAAGCUCACUUGAAACUGAAAUCAAACGACAAGGGAGCAACAGGCAAGAAGACAAUGCAGUGAUAAAGCACUGCCAGGAAGCCCUCACAAACAUCAACAGGAUCCAGGUCCAUCCCAUUUAUAGUAGACACAGUUUCUUUCUUGGAUUUCCAAACCCCAGCAUGAUCUGCUACAUGAACGCCAGCCUGCAGAGCCUGCUUACGCUUAAGGAGUUCGUGGAGGACAUCAGAUCCCAGGGGGAAGUGUUGGCGUUGUGUCCCGAGGCUCAGCUCAUGAGAUGUUUUCUGGACAUUGUGAGAUGUCGCAGCUCAGCUGAUGCAAGACUUAAGCUUGAGGUAGUCAUGAGGUUCAAGAGGGUCCUCUCUGUUCAGGCACCUGAAUUUGAGCAUGGCGGCAUGAAGGAUGCCCAUGAGUUCCUAACAGCUGUGUUGGAUCAGAUCAGGAACCUAGUGAUCCCUCUGACAGAGACGGCAGCCUCAAUGGGGAGUAGCUACAGCUGCCCAGUUCAGAGACAUCUACUGUUUAAAAUGCAGAACACCAGGACAUGCAAAGGUUGUGGUGUUCAGUCCAGAAGAGAGGAGGACUUCACUAUGCUUUCUCUGGACUUGAUUCCUGGAGGUUCAGUGCAGGACAUGCUGCACAUACACCAGAUGGAAAGAGAGCUGGAUUUCAGGUGUCAGUGUGGAGGAAACACAUCAGUCCUGGAGUCCAGACUUCUGGCCCUCCCCAAGUACUUGAUUUUGCACCUAAAGAGGUUCAAGCUCACAGAGAACCUUGUGAUGGUGAAGCUGGAGGACCCCAUCAUCCUGUGCAGGGAGAUGACAGUGACUGCCCACCAGGGUGAUCAAAUGUACAGCCUAAUCAGUGUCAUCAGCCAUGUAGGUUCUUCAGUAAGGAAAGGACACUAUGUGAGCAACGGACUACACCCGGACCACACCCUGGAGGACGGAGAGGAUCAAUGGCUCCACUUUAAUGACAUUUAUGUGUUGGAGACAAGUGGAGCAAUGGUUUCUGAGUGGAGUACAGAGGAUUCAUAUGUCCUCAUCUACCAGAGGAGGGCAUGGCCCGCUCUGGUAUGAGGACCCCAAAUCUAGAACAAGCACUAGAGGGCACACGUGUUUGCAUCACAAGUAGUGCUACAGUUAUUUAAUUGAAAUGACUUUAUAUGGAGGUACAUAAAAAAAUCAGCACACUUGCAUACAAUACACACAAAACAGUGGUACAUUCAAAUCCCAUUUUGAUACCAUCUACUAAAAAAACUCAUAAUUA